UGCUUCAGUACGUAGAACAGGAGAAUCACUUGAUGGCUGCCAGGAAAGCAUUUGACAAAUUUUUCAUACACUACCCAUAUUGCUAUGGCUACUGGAAAAAGUAUGCAGACCUUGAAAAGCGACAUGACAACAUUAAACAAUCAGAUGAGGUGCGUACAUCAAUGAAUACAGUUUUCUCUGUUAGGUACUGUAAGCCAAUUAAUAACAAAACAGAUUCUUUUUUUCUGGCUGGCAGUACCUACCAUUUGUGAUCAAACAUUUUUUAUAGGGUAUUUUAUUUUCAUUUGUCACUAUUGUGGCAUUUGUAGCUAAUAUUUUCUCUCUUUGUUGGCAGGUGCGUUAAACCUCUACAGUUUGUCAAGCUUUGCAGUGCAAGCCUCUGUAUUACACUGCAGCUUAACAAGUAGGGCAGGGCUUUUCUCUCACAUUUAUUUCUCAUUUUCCAAACAAUAUAGUUGGUUUGCUAGUCACAUUUGCUACGUCUUAUUGCAUUUUUGGUCAGACGCUGUCAUUGAUGCUCUAAUGGGUCUGUGCCCUAUGGUCUGUAACCCAAAGCCUGCCCACACAACCCGGUCAGAAUGCAGGGACUGCUGCGCUUUGAAGAUCAAGACUCUGCACGUGGGGAUCAGAACAUUGCCAUGUUCUAUCCAACCUCCACCCAAAUGGUUUAUCGACGGGGACUGCAGGCAAUACCUCUUAGUGUUGAUCUUUGGAUACAUUAUAUAAACUUCUUAAAAGAAACAUUGGACCCUGGUGAUCCUGAGACAAACAGUACAAUCAGAGGAACUUUUGAGCAUGCUGUUCUAGCUGCAGGAACGGAUUUUCGAUCUGACAAACUAUGGGAAAUGUAUAUAAACUGGGAAAAUGAACAGGGAAAUUUGAGAGAAGUUACAGCUAUCUAUGAUCGUAUCCUUGGUAUUCCAACACAGCUGUACAGUCAUCAUUUUCAGAGAUUUAAAGAACAUGUACAAAAUAACUUGCCUAGAGAUCUUUUAACUGGUGAACAGUUCAUUCAGCUGAGAAGGGAAUUAGCAUCUGUAAAUGGACACAGUGGUGAUGAUGGACCUCCUGGUGAUGACCUUCCAUCAGGAAUUGAAGACAUAACUGAUCCAGCAAAGCUAAUUACUGAAAUAGAAAACAUGAGACAUAGAGUCAUUGAAAUUCAUCAAGAAAUGUUUAAUUAUAAUGAGCAUGAAGUUAGUAAGAGGUGGACAUUUGAAGAAGGCAUUAAAAGACCUUAUUUUCAUGUGAAACCACUGGAAAAGGCUCAACUUAAAAACUGGAAAGAAUACUUAGAAUUCGAAAUUGAAAAUGGGACUCAUGAAAGAGUUGUGGUUCUCUUUGAAAGAUGUGUCAUAUCUUGUGCCCUCUAUGAGGAGUUUUGGAUUAAGUAUGCCAAGUACAUGGAAAACCAUAGCAUUGAAGGAGUGAGGCAUGUCUUCAGCAGAGCUUGUACUGUUCAUCUCCCAAAGAAACCUAUGGCACAUAUGCUCUGGGCAGCUUUUGAGGAACAGCAAGGGAAUAUCAACGAAGCCAGGACUAUCUUGAGAACAUUUGAAGAAUAUGUUCUAGGAUUGGCAAUGGUUCGGUUACGAAGAGUAAGUUUAGAACGACGGCAUGGAAAUAUGGAAGAAGCUGAACAUUUGCUUCAAGAUGCUAUAAAGAAUGCCAAGUCAAAUAAUGAGUCAUCGUUUUAUGCUAUCAAACUAGCCCGACAUCUUUUUAAAAUACAGAAAAAUCUUCCAAAAUCCAGAAAGGUACUUUUGGAAGCAAUCGAGAAAGAUAAGGAGAACACAAAGUUAUACCUCAAUUUACUUGAAAUGGAAUACAGUUGUGACCUCAAACAAAAUGAAGAAAAUAUCCUCACUUGCUUUGACAAAGCCAUACAUGGUUCAUUACCUAUUAAAAUGAAAAUUACAUUUUCUCAGAGAAAAGUGGAAUUCCUUGAAGAUUUUGGUUCAGAUGUUAAUAAGCUUCUGAAUGCAUAUGAUGAACAUCAAACACUCCUAAAAGAACAAGAUACAUUAAAAAGGAAAGCUGAGAAUGGCUCUGAAGAACCAGAAGAAAAGAAAGCACACACAGAAGAUAUGUCAUCAGCACAGAUCAUUGAUGGGGAUUUACAGGCAAAUCAAGCUGCAUAUAAUUACAGUGCCUGGUAUCAGUACAAUUACCAGAAUCCUUGGAAUUAUGGACAGUAUUAUCCUCCACCUCCAACCUGAUGGGAAAAUGUAAAUUUCAGAUGGGUUAUAUGAGAAAUGCAGAAUUAUUUUUUUUGAAGGAUGUAAACAUAGUAUAAGCUUGUUGUAUUUGAUAAUUUGUCUUCCCACUUUCUGUGUAACAUUUGCUUAGUUAAUAGCAGAAAAUGUCAAUUAGUAGUGUACCAUAGAAACUUUCCUACCAUUUUUUAAAUUUACUUUUUAUUGGAUAACUAUUUUUUUUAAUUUUUAAUUUUAAUUUUAUUUUUUUGCAUUAAAUGGCCUAGAAUUCUUUUGCAGCUCAUGCAAGAGAUUUGUAGCCUUAAAUGUAGGGACAAAAAACUGACUGCAAAUCAUGUCAGUUAAGAUUCUGGGGGAAAAAAAAAAUAAGGGCUGGUUAUGAGAAUUUUAUCUCCUAUCAAAAGACUUUUGUUUUUUUAAA